AUGACUUGGUUUCCCCUCUCUUCACCACACCUCUUCUUCUCCUUCUUGUUGUUACUCAUCCUGUGCCCUUUCAACUCCAUUAAUGCCAGCCCAAACCUCAAAAGACCAAAAGGGUUCUUCCACAAAUCAUCAUUGAAGCAGCAGUCAGCAAAACCAAACACUCUUUUCCAAGUGACCAAACCCAUCCAUGUCCCCAAUACCGUGCCUUGCAAGAAGCUCCUCCUCCAACACGAAUUCAGCUCUACCGCCGAAAACCCCCCAAGUUGCAACGGAAUACAAAGGCCCUCCUUCCACCUGUCGUUCCAACGAUUUCUCCAAGAUUGUCUUGGAAUCGAAGGGCAGUUUCAGCGGAGCACAGGACGAUGGGGUAUUUGGAGUUUGGUUGGGAGGAGUCGAGCUCCUCAGGAGCUCCUCUGCUCAAGGGUUCAACACGUCGAUAACUUGGGCAUCACAGAAGGAUAUCACAAGGACUUCAUCGAAGUUUAUCACAUCGCAAUUAGCAUCUCCUUUUACCCUCUUGAGCACAAGUCAAGUAGUGCAGUACUACAUGGGCAUGAUCCUGACACAGUUAACAGAUGGUACAAGAUCGAGUCCAAGGCGGAUUUAAUACUACCCAUUUCCCAAAAUCUCGAGUCAAAAGACGAUGGAUUGUGGUUUCAAAUUGAGAACUCUACUGACCUGAAGCGCAGGGGAUUCAGGAUUCCUCAAAAUGCUUGCAAAGCUGUGCUAGAGGACGAGGUUCGAAAUGGGCCUUUCAGAGACGUGGUGAUCACCCUGGAUGAUAAAAUUGUAGUAGGCGCUAUCUGGCCUUACCCUAUCAUCUAUGGUGCAGGGAAUGAUAUCUGGAAUCCGGUAGUCAGCAUAAGCAACUUCAAUUUCCCUUCGUACGACAUCGAAUUAACACCAUUCUUGGGGGCUCUACUCGACGAAAGGAUCCACAAUUUGAGCUUUGCCAUAGGGAAUGCAGGAAAUGUAUGGUACAUCGACGCGAACCUGCACCUUUGGUUGGAUCACAGAAGCAGCAGGACAAAGGGAAAAUUCGUGUCGAGCUAUAGCCAGCCACUCGAUCUAUCAUCGAAGCUCAAGAUGAAGGUGCCACUCGCUGGGAAAUCGUGGGUCGAAGCACGAAGGGUUUUAUCUUCACAAGGAUGGUUACAAUCAUCACAUGGUAACAUCACCACUCGUGUUAGCCAAAACUUGUCAUAUGCUAACUACAUGGACAGUAAAAAUGAGGAUGAUUACUUCAGUUCCACGUUACAACAGUUGGUUCUUUCAAAUGACAGUGUUUCUUUCGUAAAUGAUUCUGCUGCUAAUGACUUCUACUCCUUUGAGUCAGUGAAGACCUUUAGGCUGAGGAACAAGGAAGAGCAAAAACGGAUGAAAGCAGAUAUCUUAGACAAAGUAAAAAUUGAGAUAGAUUACGGUAACGAGAAGACACAUGAAAGUCCUCACUUCAAAUCUACGAUGGUGAAUAGCAUGAAAGAUCAACAGAGUGGCAGCGGGGUUGUGAUUUUCAAGAACUAUUCGUUCUUUAGCGUCUUGGGUGCUAUGAAUCAAUCAUAUCACUACCAGACUGUCGAAGACAAUACUAAGAUGUGUUAUUUCAGGAACAUUAAUAGCUUCAAUUACAGCAUUGUUUAUGAUAAGGAAAAUAAUAAGUGUGCUAAAUAG